AUGUCCAAGAACAUUGUUGGUCUCGCGCGUCAAUCGCCGCCGAUCGAUACCGAGGCACCUUACGAUACAGCGUCACUCCAAGGCAAAACGAUCGCGAUCACAGGAGGAGCGUCAGGAUUCGGGGCAGGCUUUGCCAGGCGGUGGGCUGGCUAUGGUGCUACGAUAAUCAUUGGGGACAUUGAUUCAACGCAGGGGAAGGCUUUGGUUGAGGAAUUACGGAAGGAGACUAGGAAUGCUUCGCACCAAUUCCUCUAUUGUGAUGUAACUCUCUGGCAGAGUCAGGUCGACUUUUUCCGAAGAGCGGUUGAACUGAGCCCCAACGGACGACUAGAUCAAGUUGUUGCAAAUGCUGGGAUUGAGGAGUCGGGGACAAAGUUCAAUGAACCGCAUCACCUUGACCAGGACGAACCCCCCGAACCGCAAUGGCGAACAAUUGACGUUAAUUUGAAAGGCGUUUUAUACACUGCUCAUUUGGCCUUGUUCUGGCUUCCUCGAAGUUCCUAUAAUUCGUCAGACUUCAAACCAGAUCGGCACCUCCUUCUGAUAGGAUCUGUUGCCUCACUUAUUCCAUUCGCGGGACAUAUACAAUAUAGCAUUGCAAAACAUGGCGUUCUCGGGCUCUUCAGGUCCUUGAGAGCGACCUCUUUUCAACACGGAAUUCGUGUGAACUUGCUGCUGCCAUAUUUUAUGGAUACUCCAAUGAUCUCUCCUGUCGGCAGAGCUUUUCUGGCUGGGAUUGGAAUGGGUAAACAUGAGGACGUUGUGGACGCUGCGUCGAGAUUUGCUGCGGACACUUCCAUUCGUGGUAGAGCUCUUGCCGUGGGUCCUCGAGUCAGGUUGGACGACGAUGGGCAUCUUCUUCCCCCGAACGCUCAGCAAGCCAACGAGAUUUCUAGCUUUGAAGUAUUCGCCCAUGACUUUGAAGAGGUGGAAGCAUAUACCCUUCGAUAUGUCAAGAUUUUGAAUGCUGUUGAAGCGGGAAGGGGAUACAUCGGCUGGGCUGGAGACAUUGUCAAGGCUGUCUGCUCCCCCUUUCUUGCCUGGUUGAAGGGCUAG